GCUCUUAUUACUUUAAUGGUUAUUCUAGUAUAGAAUAAGGAACAAAUCAGAGAGAGAGAGAGAGAGAGAGAGAGAGAGAUGGAGGAACAGAAGGGAGUGUUGAUACACGUAAUGUUAGCCAAGUUCAAAGAUGGAACACCGCCGGACCUGAUUGACCAACUCAUCAAGGGCUUCGCCAACCUCGUCAAUCUCACUGAACCCAUGAAGUCCUUCCGCUGGGGCACGGAUCUAAGCAUUGAAAACCUGGAUCAGGGCUUCACUCAUGUCUUUGAAUCUACCUUCGAGAGUGCUGAAGGUCUUACAGGGUAUAUAGCUCAUCCUGCCCAUGUUGAAUAUGCAAACUUGAUCCUUCCCAACCUGGAGAAAUUCGUUGUGAUUGACUACAAACCCACUAUUGUUCGUAUCUGAAUAUUAAUGGCAGUGCCUCUCAGAUCCUGCUAUGCUGCCUUUCGAUGGAACUAUGGUAUGCAUAAGGUUUAAAACCAGUUCUUCUAUCUCGUUGAACGGCAUUUGGCGAACUUAUAUGCCAUGCAAUAUUGAUUUUGAUGAACUCUUCCUUUGGUAUUGUAUCUUAGUAAUGCCCUGGGAAAUGUCAUUGUUUGAUAUGAAAUAUGAAUCAAUGGACUCCUUGUACA